GAAAACAACCGGAAGUUUGUUCUCUAUUUACAGCUACUCGGCAGCCGACUCUCUUGUUAAACUUGGUCGCUUUUGUAGCUCGGAUAAUGGCAACGUUUUUCGGCGAGGUCCUUUCCGUUUACUCCCGGGCUGUGGAGGAUGACGAGGAGGAGUUUGACGAAUACGACGAAGACGCCCAAAUCCGCAGAGAGCUGGAAGAGAAGAGGGAGGUCCAUCUGCAUUGGGUUACUGAUGUAUCUGAUGCUCUUCAAGCAGGAAACAAGCUGCAAUGUUCUCAAUUACUCCUCGCUGUAGGCCACAAUGCUGCUAGGUUUCUGUCUGUGUAUGUUCUCACCUCAGCAAAGUGGGAUGUGGUGGGACACGCGUCCAUGUGGAACGAGAGGAACCGGGCUGGUACCGGACAAAGUGCCGAUCAGUCGGGCUGCGUCUUCUACCGACACAAGGAUGACCCAUCUGUUAUAAUCUGCCAGUUGACCUGCUAUGUUGCAGAAGACCAGCAGUUCCAGUGGACUGAAAAGGUGUUUGACUCCCUCCAGAAAAGAGAAUUGAAUGUAACAGUUCUGUCAGACAGUUUCAUGGCAGAGUACAGGACGGCUGACUACCUUUGCGGCAGCUCAGCACCCUUCCUGCGCUCCCUCCACACUGGCUCUUUCACCGGGCCACACGUCUGUCGGUCACUGGAGCAGCCCAACAUACUCAGUGGACUUCCAGCUGCAGUACUGAAUCACUGCCAAGUCCACCGCAUUGCCGCUGUUGUCUACCAGUGUUUCAGUGAUGUCAUCGGCCCAGACUCUGUCACCAUGGAGACCUUCAAGCCAACACUAACCAAGCUUGGAAAGUCUGUACAUUUGGAUCCAUCUCCAAGCUCAGACGUCGUCCGCAAGUUUGUCAGAACCAGCGACCUUCAGAGUAAUCUUUACAUCUGAAGCUAUAAAUGUAAAACUCUUGUUUGUAUGUGGCAAAAAAAUCAUAUUUUAAUAAUAAAAACGGUUAACAACGA